AUGCCCAAGCACAAGAAGGAUACCAAGAAUGGUGGUGCCGAGGAUGAAAAUGUAACUAUUGGAGGAAAGCAGCUGCUGGUCACGGUACAAGAUAAGGCUCGCCGACAGAAACACAUGAAACGCUUUGAUGAAAUUCUACAAGUGAAUCAACAGUCCAAUCGUCCCGCUCAUCUCCCUAGUGCGCAUGGAUCUGAUGACGUUUCGACGCUCUCUGUCGGGUUCAUUGCCCGCGCGAUGGGUCUCAAUGUGUCGAAUGGGGAAGUGCUGCGCAUGGUGGAGAUGAUUGAGGACAAAGAUGUGGCAUCUCGGGGCUAUGUAUCUGCGGGUCUGUUGAGAGAAAUGAUUGUGGAGGCUCUGAUGACAGGGGUGCUUGCUGUUCCAGGUUCGUUGGCGGUUUCUCCCCCUCCUAAAGACAAAAAGAAUUUUGUGGCCCCUUCACAAGUCCAUCCACCAAUCUCUGUGCGGCGCGAUGAUGAGGAUACCAUCUACCGAGCUUUUCGUCUCUUGGAUCUGACAAAACGGGGAUACUUAGAGGCGGAAGAAAUGCGCCAUUUUUUACGUGGUGGGGCGGAGCCAUUUACAGAAGAAGAAGUGGAAGAGUUUAUUGUUGCUGCCGCUGAUCCAGAAAGUGGGCGCAUAUACUACGAGGAUUUUGCUGAUGUGCUUGCGACUGAGUAG